UCCCAGGCAACAAGAAACGGCGGCAGCAAGAAACCACGCGUGGCAACCUGGCAGGAGUGGCAGGUUUGACGGCGAUGACAUUUCCGAGGCGCUGAUGGAUGAAAACCUAAAACGACGCGAUGACCACCGCUCUUAGCCCUCUCAGGGUUCCUCUCUGGUCGAAGAGAAAGAUAGAGCACGCUCACAGCGCCAAAAGCGUGCUCUCCGAACCCAACCUUUAUCAUUUGUUUCUUGUAUUGGCCAAGAUGGCGAUGUCCAUGCGGAGUGUUUGCGCGGGAACGAUAAUAAUUAAUGAUCGAUGAUGUUUGACGCAAGAACGAAGUUACAAGUUAAUGACCUUUAAAGUGCUGAUACAUAAAGGAGAUGUAUAUAUGAAAAGGCAUUUCGUGUUCAUUACAUUGUAAAUAUGAAGAAACGUCAGUUGUCGCAGAAGAAGAUUUCUGCCAGUAAUGUCAAUAAAUCUCAGACAAAAAUAUCGGCGUUCUUUACAAAAAUUCCAAAAACUGUGAUAGAUGAUAAUAAAGUAUUAGAUACAAACUCUUCAUCAGCAGUCUUGAUAGAAAAAAAGAGAAAGGAGAGAGAUAAUGCUUUUGAAGAGGAAUCCCACAUGAGCGUUAAGAAACGAAUGCGUAAUGCGAACGAAGAGCCAUUAAAGGAACAUUGCAUUGCAAAGAUUGAAUCGCAUGAUGAUUCAGUAUUAUUAUCUGUAAUAAAUAAUUUCGAGGAGUUACAUAAUUUUAAAGAAAACAAAAUGAGAUGCAAAGAUACAGUAUUGCAGAAAGUUAACAAAAAGGAGGGAGAUUCUGUGCUGAAGAGCGAGCUGCAUGUAAAUGUUUUAGAGGAUGCCAUUAGUAUUGAAAAUACAUGUGUUCCAGAUGUUAUUCAUAGUAAUAGUCACGCUCUUAAAGAAACGCAGGAUUUGAAUAACAUUGCCUUAAAGUCAUUUUUGUCUGCCGUUGAAACGUCUAGGUGUGAAAAAGCUAAGUCAGCAUACGAUUCAAGGAAGGUCGAAUUUUCCGAAGAGUUCUCCAUGAUAAUGAAUGGGGACGAGCUUGACAGUUUCUUCGAGCAGGAGUGGCAGGCACAAAUCGAUUUCACUACCCUCCAGAGAUGCAAGGUGACCGAUGUGAAGCGCGAAUCGAAGGUCACCAUCCUGACGGUGCAGCAUGUAGAAUCGGAAAGCGUCGACACCGUUGCGUGUAUGGAAUUUUGGAAAGAUGUGCGAGUGGAAAUAGACGAUAUAAUUACGAUACAGGCGACGAAGGAUACAAGACGUGGAUGGAUCGUACACAAUAAUGACGGUUUCCUCGUCACGCAGCCUGAUUUGUUGAUCUCUGGCACGACGAUAACGAGCGGUUUAUUUUGCAGCAGGCGAGCAGUGUUGAGCGAGAAGUUCCGGAAAAUAGAAUCACUGCCGAAUUUAGAAGCCGAUUAUUCCAUAAUGACUGUGGGAUCUCUGGUUCAUCAGUGGCUGCAACGAGCACUGCAGGAGAACGUCGGCGCGUUGUCCGAUGUGAUCAAACUAUUGGACGAUAUACUGCGAUUGAAGAACACGUUGGACUAUCUCUACGUAUCAGAAUUGUCGCUUGUUGACUGUCGGAAACGCAUGAUGGAGUAUGCCCCGAGGAUCUUCGAAUUCAUCCAACAUUACAUCAAGGGUAACAGACAGCAACACCUAAGUGAGAUGAAGGAUAAUUUUCAGGGUAAAAUCACCAGCAUCCAGGACAUCGAGGAGAACGUUUACAUACCGAAGUUAGGCAUAAAGGGCAGGAUAGACGUGACGGCGGAGGUGAACAUUAAUUCGAGGAAGAAAAUUAUGCCGCUGGAGGUGAAAACCGGAAGGGCUUCCUAUUCGCUCGAGCAUAAGGGUCAGGUCAUUCUCUAUCUCAUGAUGAUGGGCUUCAUGGAUCCGGACAUCGACACCGGACUUCUGUUGUACCUAAAGGAAAACGCGAUGCAAGAAAUCAGGAGCGGGCAUAACGAAAGGAGGGACUUGAUAUUGCUGCGAAACACUUUGGCGCAUUACUUUGCUAAGAAACCGGCGGAGGACUCACUGAGCGUAAACUUGCAGUCGGAUUUGAAAUCGAUGGAACUGCCUGAGCCGAUAAAUCAUCAUAGUGCAUGCGGCAGGUGUCCUUAUCAAGCUUUAUGUUGCGCGUAUUUGACGAGAGAUCCGAACACGAAUCUGUCACCGUCGCAUCCGUUAACGAUGCUGAUGAAAGAGUCAUUGGGCGAUCUUAAAACUAAUCAUUUAGAUUAUAUUAUGAACUGGAUCGCGUUACUGCAGUUGGAGGAGAGCUGCGAAAAUAAUAGCAUUAGUUUGAGUAGCGUAUGGACGACGAGUCCCGAGAAGAGGGAGGAGAAAGGCACGUGUAUCUGUAACUUGAAGACUGUAGGCAAGGUGGUGGAGCGAAACGAUAAGGAUCAAUACAAGUAUCAACAUAAAUUUGCACGCGUAGACAUCAAAGGAGAGACUAUCGAGAACGGCGCACUUGGCAAUGCCUUUGUCGAGAAUGAUUAUGUUAUCGUUAACACGGAUGCACGAGUUAAUAUAGCUGGUGGAUAUAUAAUGCACGUUUUGCAUGACACCGUCGCAGUCAUAUUGGAUAAGGAUAUUACGCGACUGUAUGCACAUUCUACAUUUCACAUCGACAAGUACCCCCGCAUGGGCCUGUCCACGUUCAAUUAUGCGAACGUGGCUGGUUUGUUGAGUAACGAUGAGACGAGUGGCAGGCUACGACGCAUAGUCAUUGACAGAAAACCAGCCACGUUCAUGGAGAAAUUACCACGUUCGGUGGUAUCGACCAGCACCGGGAUAAUAUGCGAUCUGAACGAGAGCCAGCAGAGAGCCGUGCUGAAGGCGGUGGCCGCUCACGAGUACGUCCUGAUAAAGGGCAUGCCAGGUACGGGAAAAACGCAAACGGUAGUGGCUCUGAUAGAGUUACUGCGGGAAUUGGGUUCUAGUGUGUUGAUCACCGCGCACACACACAGCGCGGUGGACAACGUCCUCCUCAAGCUACUGGAACGGAACAUCGACUUCUUGCGUCUGGGUUCAACCAGAAGCAUCCAUCCAUUGUUGACGUGCAAGAGCGAGGAAUACGCAAUCGCAAAUUGUGACUCACCGGAGGAGUUGGAGACGCUCUACAACAGCAAGCGGAUCGUCGGCGUGACCUGUUACGGCGCGUAUCACGCGCUCAUCAGGAGACGCAGCUUCGAUGUAUGCGUGGUGGACGAGAGCGCGCAGAUUAUGCAGCCCACAGUGCUACGACCGCUCUACAGCUCGCAUAAGUUCGUCCUCGUCGGCGAUCCGGAUCAGCUGCCGCCUAUUAUCAAAAACAAAACCGCGGCGAAACUCGGCGCGGAUGAGUCUCUGUUCGUCAGGCUGGGUAGCGACGACAACACUGUCAAUUUACGGAAACAAUAUAGAAUGAACGGGAGAAUCAUGCGGCUGGCGAAUGACGUGACGUAUCGCGGAAAGUUGGUGGCGGGCAGCAAGCAGGUGGAGAAUGCAACGUUGACUGGUGCAAACAUGGACCAAGUUCUCUCGUCUUGCGAGAAGUGGAUAAGAAACGCUCUCUCCAGGCAUUUGGACGACUCGGUGAUUGUACUCGACACCGGUAGCACUUAUAACUUGAACGUAGAGACAAACAACAGAGACGUUACGUGGAAUCGAACGUACUCCAACAUCUGCGAGGCCGCCAUAAUCUCGCGUCUCGUCCAGGUGCUCACCGACGCGGGUGUGUGCGCUAGAAAUAUAGGAAUCAUUACACCUUAUAACGCUCAUAUAAAUUUAUUGAGGAAGAAAAUAGAUAAGGAAGUGGAGGUGAAUACAGUAGAUCAAUACCAGGGACGUGAUAAGGACAUUAUAUUGUAUUCGUGUGUUAAAAGUGGCGACAUGAAGAAGGAAUUUGAGAUAUUGGACGAUCAGCGACGUCUAACGGUAGCUAUUACUCGUGCGAGGCACAAGCUGAUCAUUGUUGCUGAUAAAGUCACAGUACUGAGAUAUACGCCGUUUAAAAAUCUGUUUGACGUCAUCGAUGAGAAGAAUGUGAUAAAUCUGCGCGACGGCGAGGAGAACUUUUGCUGGCAGAGUCUUAUUUGUAAAAUUAACAGUCACAAUAAAGAAUCGAAGAACCAAUCAAAUGACAAUUUAACAUAAAAAAAUAGACUGCUGAAUUAGCUUGCGUUUUGUCAGUAUUUCAUAAAAUAGCAUCACACUGUACAAUUAAUGAAAACUUGGUAGAUAUACAAAUACGCAACAUACCGAGUUAUAAGUACGCGUACAAAAUUUUGUACAAAAAUAUAUUUAUUUUCAACUUUA